AUGUCUGAGCCACUCUACACUAUGUUUACGGGCCCUGGCGCCGACAACAACCAACAACUUCUUCUGGAAGGCAAACUCCCCAUCCCUGGUGGCCUGGCUUACCCUACCCAAGCCUUCCUUCGCCACUGUCGACUUCACGACAGUUAUCGGCCUCGUCCUUUCCCAUUGACGGUUGAAGAGCACGUGGACUUUUGGAGUCGCACUCCUGAGAACAAGGGUUCUGAGCCCCACGACCUCCAUAAUGGCCACUUCAAGGCAGGCGCCCUCUCGGAACUGUUGGCUUCUUGUGAUACGGCGUUUCGGGACCUUCCACUCCAUUCAGGCCAUGUUCCGGAACUCUGGAAGAACCUGAUGAACUUUGCGAUUGAGAAGAAGCCUGGCGACUUCCGCCCACAAGGGAUGCGGACCAUCCAGCUGUUCAACUCGGAGGCUCAAGCCAACUACAAGAAAGCGGGUCGGGCUGCAAUGAAGAAUGCUGAAGAGGAUGACAUCAUCCCUAAAGGACAGUGUGGGUCACGGAAGCAGCACCAGUCCAUUGAUCUCGCCCUUUCCAAACGAUUGAUCUGGGACUCGCUCAUCCUGGAACGACGGUCUUCCGGCUGGAUCUCGAACGACGCGAAGUCUUGCUUCGAUCGCAUCGUUCACUGGGUAGCGAAGACGGCCUUGCGGAGAUUUGGCCUGCCGGUCACUGUCACCAACCUAAUGUUCGAUAUCUUGGCAAAGGCUAAACACAGGGUCCGAACUGGCUUUGGCGACUCGGAUCGGACCUUUGGGCCCACUGGCGAUGUUCCCUUCCAAGGCUGCGGUCAAGGCAACGGCGCAGGCCCGUGCAUCUGGGUUGCAAUCAGUGCCAUCCUCAUUGACGCCAUGGAGGCCGAGGGAUUUGGGUACAAGAGCCGAACUGCCCUCACCAACGAGGAGUUCUUCGCUUCGUGCUUCUGCUUUGUUGAUGACACCGAUGUCAUGGAGUCAAACGACAACGUGGAGACGACUGGCGAAGACCUCCUCCCUUCGGCACAGUCGGCUUUGGACCUUUGGUCGGGUGGCAUCAGUGCCACUGGUGGAGCUAUCAACCCGGCGAAGAAAGCUGAAAUGCCUGGCGAACUGACCCUCCAAGAACCUACUGGGCUUUGGGCGACACUACAACGCCUCCAACCAGAUGAAGCUGAAAGGACCCUGGGAGUCAUGAUGGCCCCACUUGAGACCGGAACAGCACAGCACCUUGCUCUGCGGGAGAAGGCCAAGAACUGGGCAGCCAAGUUCCGUCCUCAACACCUACUUUGCUAUGAUGUUCUUCCCUUGAUCAAGGCAACCGCCUUGAAAACUUUGGAGUACGUGAUGCCCCUUUCCACCCUCGGCCGCUCCGACUGGGCGUCCAUCAUGUCACCGAUCCUCCAAGCGAGCUUGCACAAAGCUGGGGUUUGCUGUUCCUUUCCCCGCGUCGUGGUCUUUGCCCCUCUGAAAUAUCAGGGAUUGGGUAUCCCGCAUCCUUUUGCCCUUCAAGUCUUCCACCAUCUCAGUGUUCUGAUGCGCCAUUCGGCCAACCGUACCAAGACCGGCCAGUACCUGGAGGCCAACCUACAGUCCCACCAACUCGAAACGGGCACCUCCUUUCCCCUUCUUCAACAAGAACCCACCAACACCGGGAUCCUUGCCUCCGAAACAUGGCUCAAACGGGUUUGGAUCAAGCUCGACUCUUUGGGCAUCAGAGUUGAGAUCUCCUCACCUCCCUUGUCCCUACACCGUGCCAACGAUCGUCUCUUGAUGGACAUCUUCAUCGAUGCCGUCGAUCCUGCCUUGUGA